AAAUUGGUAAAUGGAGAACGGAAGGACAGCAUAUAGUCUCACAUAGGAAGUCGUAAACAGGAAGUUGUCGGUUUCUAAGCAACAUUGCUACUUUACUUUCGUGUUUGAAGGAACUUGGCGCAUUAUUUUAUUUUUAAAAAGAAAAAAAACAUAGCCAGGUAGCAGAAUGGCUGCAACUGCAGCAAUAGACAACUUUCAUAACUCCAUUAGAACUUUGGCACAAACAAAAAGAAUACGAGUUACAGAAUUUUUUCAAGAUUUUGACAAACUUCGAUCAGGCUUUAUAACAGCUCCACAAUUCUCAAGAUGUUUGUGGCAGACACUUGGAUUACAGCUUACCCCUGCACAGGAAGAAUUAGUGAAGGCAAACUAUGACUUAAAUGGGAAUGGACAAAUAAACUACAAGCUGUUUUGUGAUAUAAUUGACCAGAAUUUCAAUGCAAACAAUCUAGCAAAAGAUCCAGAAGCACAAAAAAUUGUACCACCAGAAUUCUUGGGUACAAUGAGAACUGUCCGACCUUUGAGCCCAGAAUCAGAGAGAAAAUUGAUCAAAUUGUUACAGCACAUAGAGCAAUUUUACAGCUACCACGGUGUCAAUUUGCGAACAUGCUAUGAAGAUUUUGACAGGCAUCAUAUGGGUGUUAUUACAGAAAGUCAGUUUUUCCGUAGUUUCCCAGGUCCCCCUGAUGUCAAUGAGGCAGAUAUGACCCUUCUUGUACAGAAAUAUCGUGAUCCAGAUCGACCAGGGCUUCUCAAUUAUCUGAAUCUUCAUCAUGAUAUCGUGGCCAUUGGUGAACAGAUGGCAAAAGACAGAGAGUUGAUUGAAGCACCAUAUACACAAGUAGAUGGUACACGUGUUAUGUUGACACCAGACCCAGAUCUGAAUACAAUAUUUGAUAAAAUACGAAUGGCAGUAUUCAAGAAUGGUAUCAGAACAACAGAGUUUUUCAAAGAUCAUGACAAACUUCGUAGUGGAAUAAUAACAGAGAACCAGUUUGUAUGUGGUCUCGCACUAGCAGUUGGCAAAGAGGCACAAUUAUCUAGAGCCGAAAUACAAAAGAUUGUUGAAUAUUAUCGUCAACCAGAUGGACGAGUGAAAUAUAAAGAAUUUUGUGAUAUUAUGGAAAAUGCAUUCACCAUUCCUGAUCUAGAAAAGAAGCCUCUUCAGAAUGUUGUAAGACCUGUAAAAGGAGCCUUGUCAAGAGGUUUGAAGCCACUGACUGAGGCGGAGGAGAGAAGGAUACAGGAAAUAUUGUGUCAGAUAUCUGAUAAUGUACGACGCCGUAGACUCAUGAUGUAUCCUUACUUCAAGGAUUAUGAUAGGGGUGUUUCAUACACGAGAGUAGUAACACCAACUCAGUUUGGUCGCAUUCUUCACUUCCUGUCUCUAAAUGUAGCACCAGAAGAUCUCAAAUUAUUAUUGAGAAAAUUUGAAGACCCUGCAACUGGAGAUGUUAAUUACCCAGCUUUCGUACAAGCUGUAGAUCAAGAAUUUGUAGGUCAUACAAUGGAUGAUGCUGACCUAAGUGCGAAAGGACGUACAAACACACCAGUAAAAGAGCGUGAAGUUACAGCUGCUGAUAGUAAUGUUAGUUAUGAGGAUCUGAUGGCUAGAAUUAGGCAUAUUGUCCUUACUAACAGAUUGAGGGUAGGGGAAUUCUUUGAAGAUUAUGACCCUCUGAGAAGUGGUUCAAUAAGUAAAUCACAGUUUCGACGAGGUUUAGGUUUACUUGGUAUGAGUAAAUUAGGCACACACGAUAUCACUGAAGGUCAAUACCAGCUCCUGUGUGAUGUGUACACUAACCCACAAAAAUCAGACCAAGCUCUGUGGACAAAAUUUCUUUGGGAUGUAGAAACAGUGUUUACCCAACCAAACUUGGAGAAGGAUCCACUUACAAGAGUGCCACCGCAGGAGAUUUUCAGAGUACCAAAGCCUGGAACUGUGAACUGGACGAAUGCAUCAGAAGAUCACAUGUCACUGUACAAUGCUACAAUGGAUCGCCUUAGACAAAGGACUGAACAGAGACGAGUGCUAGCUAAACCUGUUUUCCAGGACUUUGACAGACAUAACAAUGGUCAUGUGACAAUGUCACAGUUCCGUCAGUGUUUGACAAUGCUAGAGCUUCACUGUACAGAACCAGAAAUGAUUGCCCUUGAAGCCAAAUUCUGUAAUGACACAGGCUUCAACUACCUGGCUUUCCUAUCAGAACUGAUGCCGGAGGAGCCACCUCAGUUUAUGUACGAGAGCAGACUUGAGACACUUCGUCAAACCAACAUGAAGAAAACAUUACCAGAGCUAAAUGCUCAAAAAGAUCUUGAGAGUGUUUUACUGAAAGUGAAAACAAAGGUCAGCAGAGAAAGGAUGAGAGUGCUGGAGUUUAUGAGAGACUAUGAUAAAUUACGAUCUGGCCGAAUGUUGAAGACAUCGUUCCGUAGAGCUCUAGACUUGUGUAGAUUUGAGCUAAGACAAUCAGAAGUUUCCAUCCUUGAAGAUAGAUAUCAGUCUCAGCACGACAUUGAUUAUGUUGACUACCUGAAGUUCUGUGAUGAGGUUGAAUCUAUCUUCACAACUAAAGAGCUAGAGAAGCGCCCCCUGGAGGAUGUUGUACAAUUCAAGCCUCCAGAGGAGUGGGAGAGGAACAAACUACCUGUAGAUCAGCAGAAUAGAUUCAAAUCCUGCAUGGAUAGGCUCAGUGAAAAGGUUCGAAAGCAUCAGAUGCAAUUAUUUCCAUUGUUUGAGGAUUAUGACAGAGUUCACAACGGCACAGUGUCAAGGUCACAGUUCAGACGUGUACUUACAGAGCUUGAACUUGGUGGCCUUGUUAGCCAGCAAGAUUUUGAGCUUCUCUGGCAACAGUUUGAUGUAAAGAUUGGCGGCAAAGAUGAUGUCAAUUAUAUAGCAUUUUGUGACAUGAUCUAUAAAUUGGCAAAUUUUGAAGUUAGAAAACCAUAAACAAAUCCUUGAAUAUCUAGAAGACAUAAGUUUUAUGAAAAUGACUUUUUCACUAUUAUUUCAUUAUAACAUCUCAUUAAAAAUGGAUAUAUUGAAUUAAAAUACAGAGCUUUAAUUUGUACUUCAUUUUCUAUUGUGUUUUAUAUAUACAUUGAUAAUUGUUACGAGUGAAUUUUCAUCUUAUACUGAGAACAAUGAUUCUACCAUUUGAAACCAAAAUUUGUGAUAUAAUUCUGUUGUAUUUAUUUGAUUUAAAAUGAAAAAAAUUAAAAAAGAAUCAUUUCAGCUACUGAAAGAUAAUUCUGCUGAUACAUAAUUGAUGUUAACAGUGUAUGUUAAGUGUUGAAAUUAUUGUAAGAUAUAUUAACCAAACAUUUUGAGGACAUUUAAACUAAACAUUUUUUUUAUGUAUAUAUACUAUAUAUAGUAAUUGACACAAUGAAUGUUUGUAUAGGAUAGUGUAUUUGACAGCAUUUAUUUUAUGAUUGCUUCUAUUGUUAAAGUCAUACCUGAAAUUACGAGGCAUCCUGUCCUACCAGUAACGUCAUGAAUGAACUUUAGACUUUGUCUUUUGUACUGUUCAAGAAAACCAAAGUUUUUAUUUUAACCAGUCAUUAUGAUUUGUU